AUGCCUCAGCAACAGCCAGACCUACCAAUCUCACAUUCCUCUCAGAAGCUGACAACUUCAAGCGCUCCGUCAAAUCCACAGACCGCAUCACCACCCAUCACAGCGUCCCAAACCUCACAAUGGACAGUCGAAUCAGCUCUCUCUUCCUUUCCCCUCACUCCCUCCUUCAAACCUCAACCCUCCACACCAAUCCCCUUCUUCCACCUCCUCGAACGCCUAAAGACAACCCCCCGAGAAGGCUGGCGCCGCUUCCACAUCAAACGCCCAGAAUCCAUCGCCGACCACAUGUACCGCAUGUCAAUAAUCUGCCUCGUAGCGCCUGACUCCCUCGCCUCCAAAAUCAACAUCGGGCAUUGCGUGCAACUCGCCCUCGUCCACGACAUGGCUGAAUCCAUAGUGGGAGACCUAAUCCCGCGCCAGGUCGAAAAGGAGGAGAAGGCAAGGAGGGAGGGGGAUACUAUGGCGUGGAUUCAGACGCAGGCAUUAGGAGGUGUGGAUGGAGGAGAGCAGGGUGGACGGCUAAAGAAAUUGUGGGAAGAGUAUGAAGAGGGGAAGACUGAGAAUGCGAAGUUUGUGAAGGAUGUUGAUAAAUUGGAAUUAGUGUUGCAGAUGGUGGAGUAUGAGAAGGCCGGGGAAGGGAGUGUGGACUUGGGCGAAUUUCUGGACGCGAAGGAACUCAUUAACGGGGACGUCUGUAAGGGGUGGGCUGAGGAGCUGAUCAGGGAGAGGGAAGACUUUUGGAGGCGGUUGGGGAAGUGUGCGAAGGGCAUGGAGGGCUAUGUCGAAGAGAAGAAGGAGGAGCCAAAGGAAGUGUCAGAGUGA